GCUAAAUGCACCCCAAAACCACAAAAUAUUAGUAUCAUCCUCUCUCUUCCCAGAUCUCCAGUCACUGCGUCGAAAUCGACCACCGAGCAGUCUCAAACCGCCGCCAACCGCCGACGAACUAGAGACGCCGAGCGCCGACGCCUUCAAUUCGAACUUCGAAGUUCGACUUCGGCACUUCGCCGACCCAGUUUUGAGUUUUCCUCCAUUAAAUUCGAACUAGACAGUUGAUUGAUUAUCUAGUACGUACAGCAGUCAGCUGUUGAAAUGCCUAAAAUGAAGUCUUCGAAGACAUCCAGUGUCACAAAAGAAGAGUCUAAAGAUGUACAAGAAAAACCAUCUACUAGUCAUUCAAAAAAGGCUGAUGGUGAGGCUGUAACAGAACAAUCAUCUACUGCAAGUUUAAAAAAGGCUGAUGAAAUUGAUGACAUUUUUACAAGCCAAAAGAGGAAGAAGGCCGAGCAAGAAAAAUCCGAAAGAACUAGAGUCAAAAAUGAAAAAUCAAAGAAGAUAAAGAAAAAGAAGCGUUUUCCAAAAGAGACUGAAGCAUUUAACUCUGAUUCAAAGCCUAGAAGGAGAACGAAUGACGGGCUUGCUAUUUACUCAGAGGAAGAGCUGAGGAUUAACAAGCAAGAUGCUGGUAGCACUGGCCUUUGCCCAUUUGAUUGUUCUUGUUGCUUCUAACAUAAGGCUCUUAUAGAAUUUCGAAUGUGAUCUAGUGAUCCAGUUUUGUAAUUUUCAUGUUGAAGGCUCAAAGCUAUAGGACACAUCAACACAUGUUAGAGCAAUACUGAUAUAGAAAUUGUUUGGUGUAUUGGUUUUGGGAUUUUUUUUUUCUUUUACAGGAGGCUUUGGAAUGUUGAACAAGCUUGGAGUAUAGUAUUAGCUGUGACAUCCAUUAAUUUUUAAUACUAGCAAUUUAUGCACGCGAUUCGUGCCUCA